AUGUUGCUUCUGCGAUCCCUGCCCACACUGCAUAAUCCUUGCUUAGCUUCAGCCACAUGGCGAAACACUCUUAUAAUUUCACAACUGCCACACACACCUCUUGGCUUAUUUGCAAAAGACUUGACCGAGCCAAACUCCUCCUCUCUCACCUGUUUGUGCAUUAAAGUGACGUGUCCUAGCCCCGGUAAGCAGUCUGCAAGAGGCAGAGGAAUUCAAAGCACUUGCUCUCCUGCAUGUGAGCACCUUGCUCACCGAAGACACCAGCUUGGAGUUAAGGAUGCUGCUGCCGUCAUCUGCCCCAUUGCUGGCCCUUUGGUUGGUGCCAGAAUCAUCUUCCACAAGGAAAUAGAUCUGGGAUCCGGUUUCCUGGUGUCGCGCCGACGAUGAAGGCCAAAAGCAAAGGUGCGAAACGUCGGCACACCAUCCCCGAAGACACCUUGCGUCAAGAGCCAGCCCCUGGCGGGGAGGAACUCGGGAAAUGCUUGAGGCGCAAAGAGAAGAGGAACAACGAGGGCCAGAAGAGCCCUUCCAGGCCGGCGAAACUGCCUUGGGGAGGUAGCAAAGACAGGCGCUUGCGGAGGCUGGAGAGCAAUGAGCGGGAGAGGCAGCGCAUGCACAAGCUCAACGCCGCCUUCCAGGCCUUGCGGGAGGUCAUUCCUCAUGUGAGGGCGGAGAACAAGCUCUCCAAAAUCGAGACCCUCACCCUGGCCAAGAACUAUAUUAAGUCUCUCACCUCGACCAUUCUCCGGAUGUCCAACGGGCACAUCCCUGCCGCCGAGGCCCCCGGUGCGGGGAGCAGGUCCAAACUGUACGAACACUACCAGCAGCACUGCGGGGAAGACGACGAUCCCGCGGGGCAGCUGCAGAAGUAUUCCACCCAGAUCCACAGCUUCAGGCAAGGCAGCUAGAGGGUAGACAAGGGUCUUCCCUGGUUGUGUUUCCUGUUCCCAGGGAAAGACCCAAAAGGGUCAAUCAACAGCGUGGCGAAAGGAUUUAGGGAAGGCUAUGUUUGCUCCCCUUUGUUUGUUUGAAAAGACCUGUGAAUUCACACCGAACAAUUCUGAGGCUGGAUUAUGCAAUGGACAAGUGGGUUCUGUGACCAAACACAUUGCAAGGCAAAAGCUCUCCGGUUCCCCCAGAAGGCCAUGAUACUCGCCACCACCUCCAUUCACAGAUUUUUUUGUUUUCUUUUCUAACUAAAAUUCUGUGGCUUUUGAACAUACUCAGCCCUCAUUGGAGUAUAUUUUUUGGGGUGGUAGGAGGUGGUCCAUUCAGGGAUUUUGGGCUG